AUGGCGAUCACUGCGGUGGACGUCUGCACUCUUCAUGGGCCAACCCAGGAGGUUCCCAGAGAGGAAGGUGGGGCGAAGGGACCCCGCCAGCUCAGGCCUGACAUUGCUGGCUGUGCGCAGGUGACCACAGGUGCUCUGCCCAGCCCCACCUCCAGGGCCGGGCUGUCCGCUGUGCUGGCUCUGGUCCAGAGAGGAUGGAGGUGGGGACUUUGGUCCCAUCCAGGGUGUGGGUGUGACUCCUGGGCUGGGCCUUCUCAGGUGGUCGAGUCGGGUGUUCUGGACCAGCUAAGCACCGAGGAGCGCAAGAGGCAGGAGGCCAUCUUCGAGAUCCUCACGUCCGAGUUCUCCUACCUGCACAGCCUGGGCACCCUGGUGGCCGCGUUCCUGCGGUCCCCGGUGCUGCGGGCCACCAUGACACAGACGGAGCACCAUCACCUCUUCUCCAACAUCCUGGACGUCCUGGCUGCCAGUCAGAGGUUCUUCAAGGCCCUGGAGCAGCGGCACCAGGCACAGGUGUGUGUGGAGGACAUCAGUGACAUCCUGGAGGAGCACGCAGAGAGGCACUUCCACCCCUACGUGGUCUACUGCUCCAACGAGGUCUACCAGCAGCGCACGCUGCAGAGGCUGACGGGCAGCAACACCGCCUUCCGAGAGGCGCUGCGGGACAUUGAGAAGCAGCCGGCGUGCGGGGGCCUGCCCAUGAUCUCCUUCCUGAUCCUGCCCAUGCAGCGCGUGACCAGGCUGCCCCUUCUGACCGAUACCCUCUGCCUGAAGUCCCAGGGCCACCCUGAGAGGUACAAAGCUGCCAGCCAAGCCUUGAAGGCCAUCAGCAAGCUGGUGAAGCAGUGCAAUGAGGGGGCGCACACCAUGGAGCGCACGGAGCAGAUGUACACGCUGCACACACAGCUGGACUUCAGCAAGGUCAAGUCUUUCCCCCUCAUCUCCGCCUCCCGCUGGCUGCUGAAGCGAGGGGAGCUGUUCCUGAUGGAGGAAGCCGGGAUUUUCAGGAAAAUCGCCAGCCGGCCCACCUGCUACCUGUUCCUGUUCAACGAUGUCCUGCUUAUCACCAAGAAGAAGAGCGAGGACAGCUAUGUGGUCCAGGACUACGCCCAGCUGGACCACAUUCAGGUCCGGAAGCUGGAGCCCUUGGAACCGUCGUUGCCGGGAGCCGGCACCCGCAGCUCCUCCGUGCCUCACCCCUUCCAGGUGACCCUGCUGCGGAACAGCGAGGGCCGCCAGGAGCAGGUCCUGCUGUCCUCGGACUCCGCGAGUGACCGGGCCCGGUGGAUCACAGCGCUCGCCUACAAGGAGAGGCAGUGGCAGGGUCCCACCAACAAAGGAGAGCUGCCCCAGGUGGAGGUCACCAAGGCCUACUUCGCCAAGCAGGCGGACGAGGUCUCCCUGCAGCAGGCGGAUGUAGUGCUGGUCAUGGAGGAGGAGGAUGGGUGGCUACAUGGAGAACGGCUCCGAGACGGAGAGACGGGCUGGUUUCCUGAGGAUGUCGCCCGGCGCAUCACCAGCCCUGUGGCAGUGGAGGGCAACGUGCGCAGGAUGGAGCGGCUGCGGAUAGAGACAGACGUGUAGUGGCAGCUGCCCCAGAGCUGGCCUGCAGCAGGGGCAGCUUCGUCCCAACCAGUGCCUGGCCCUGCGAGGCUCCAGCUCCACAGGAGGAAGAGCUUGUCUGCCCUCCGGAGAAGAGUGCUGGGACCAGCUCACAGGCUACCAGUGCCCAACCCAGGCUGCGUUUCAUGGGACUCUGGCCCAGCCCCCAGCUUCUGGCUACAGCACCCCCAUCUGGUGGGGCCCAUGGGCAGCUGUGGGAGAUUGAUGGGAUUUGAGGACCAGCCUGGGACCGUCUCCCCCGUGGCCUUCCUGCUCCCAAAUGGACAAGAAGGACCCUUGAGGUCCCAGUGGUGCCCACACUCUCAUCUGGGGGUGCAGCAAGGAGCGGAGGGAGCUGCAGAGCCGGCAGGAAGACCUCAGCGCUGAGCUUUUAAACAUUAAAGUGUUUCU